AUGUUCGCCAGAUUCGCCGCCUAUAUCAAGGGCCCUGAGAGCGUGCCCGGCGAGGCCAAACUGCUGCGCAAGCUCGAUCUCUUCAUUCUGUCAUUCUGCUGCUUAUGCUACUUUGCCAAUUACCUCGACCGCACAAAUAUCAACAAUGCCUACGUGUCGGGGAUGCGCGAGGAGCUGCACUUCCAGGGGAAUGAGCUGAACCAGAUCACCACCGUCUUCACGGUGGGAUACAUUAUCGGUCAAGUCCCGUCCAAUCUCGCCCUGACCUUCUUCCGUCCGCGCCUGUUCUUCCCUGCGAUGGUGGUGAUCUGGGGUAGCCUGACUAUGAUCACUGCGGCGGUGUCCAAUCCGCAGGGGAUCAUGGCAAUCCGCUUCUUCCUCGGCCUUGCAGAGUCGAGCACUUUUGCCGGAACGCACUAUAUCUUGGGUUCCUGGUACACCGAGCGAGAGCUGGGAAAGCGCAGUGGCAUCUUCACAGCCAGCGGCCUGGCCGGUACGAUGUUCGGCGGCUUCAUCCAGACAGGGAUCCAUUCGUCCAUGGACGGAAUGCAGGGCCUCUCUGGCUGGCGGUGGCUGUUCAUCAUUGACGGCCUAAUCACCAUCCCCAUCGCGAUAUACGGCUUCCUCGUCUUCCCCGACACCCCAACAACCACCAAAGCACGCUACCUCACAGCGACAGAGAAAGCGCUCGCCGUCGCCCGCAUCCCCGAAUCCGGCGCCGUCAAAGUCCCCCUCAACUUUGCCUUUCUCAAAAGCAUCUUCACAACAUGGUACUGGUACGCCUUCGUGAUGCUGUGGAUCAUCGCCGGCGAAACCGAGUCAUUCUCCACAAACGCCCUGCUGGCCUUGUACAUGCAGUCACACCCAACGAAGACAUACACCGUCCCCCAGCUAAACAACUACCCAACCGGCGUGCCCGCAGUGGGCAUCAUAUCGACCCUAUUCUGGGCAACACUGACAGACUUCAUGGGCGGAAAGCGGUAUCUUGUCGGGUACUUCAUCGCCAUAACAGGGAUAACGACCUCAGCACUCAUCCUAACGUGCUUCAACUCCACCCCCACCGUCUUCGGCGCAUUCUACUGGGCGGGCGCCGUCUACGCAUGCCAAGCGACGUUCUUCGCAUGGUGCAACGACGCAAUGCGAUACAAGGACGAGCGGCUGCGGUCUGUGGUUCUUGCGAGCAUGAAUAUGGGCAGUAAUGCCGUGAAUGCGUGGUGGACUAUCCUCUUCUACUCGGCGGACUUUGCACCAAGGUUUACAAAGGGCAUGUGGGCGAUGAUUGCGUGCUCGGUUGCGUUGGCGCUGUGGACGGCGGGAAUUACGGCUAUGACUGUGAGGGAGGAGAGGAGGGGAGAGCGCGACGGGCGUGUGGUUGACUUGCAGGAAAAGGAGCUGGAGGCUGCGGUUGAUUGA